AUGAUCGAGGUUUUGUUCUCCUCGUCACGUGGGCCUGGUGGCGAUGGAAGCAACGUUCCGGUGCAGAGCGGUGGCAGCCGGACCAGCGGCACUGGCUGGACCAGUUUGGACCGUCAGGAGGGCUCCGUGAGCUUUGAGCUACCACCCGAGGCCUUCUUCCGAGCCGAGGCCAAGGCUGCACGAGACCUGGGCGUGCUGGCAGUCGCCAUCUUGCGCGCGCGCCGUGGCUACGCCUCGGUACUGGAGCUCUUUGCUGGGAGCGGCCUGCGGGCGGCCAGGUAUCUGGCGGAAGGCAGCUGCGACUUCAUUUGGGCCAACGAGGCCAACCAGGAUGUGCAUCAAGCGGUGGUGGUGAACCUCACGCGUGCGACGGGACGAACGGGACGGGUUGGCCGCUGUGAUGACCUGCUGCCGGAGUGGGCCGCCCCGGCCCGGUCCUGGCGACUGCAAGAGGGCCUUCCACUGCAUGGCUGUGAGGCAGGGGCGCACCCUGGCUGGAGGUCUUGCAGGCAGGCGGACAAAGACUCCGCGUCGGUGGCCGUUGGGUGGCGUGUGACGCACUGGGAGGCCAGAGCCUUGUUGGGCUAUUGCCGCGCCACGCAUCGACAAUUCGAUGUGGUUGAUGUGGAUGCCUUCGGGUGUUGGACUCACAUUGGUGAUGCGCUCGAAGCUGUACGGCCAGGUGGCCUCUUGUAUCUCACCGCCACGGGAUUGACCUCCUGGAAGCCUUCUCGCUCCUUUCGGGCCUUGGGCUGUUUGGGCCGCUGCCCACCGGCUGAGACCAUCCACGACCAGAUGUGCCGCGCACUGGUGUGGCACGUGGCACAGACGGCUGACCGGCUCAACCUCGUGGCGGAGACGAUGUUCACGCUCUACCGAGCCAGUGGAGACGUUUACCGUCUGAUGUUCCGGGUGACGCGACGCUACGGAGAGAGCUCGUUGCUUCCACAGUGCGUGGGCCUUUGCGCUUGCGGCAGCUUUGUAGGGCCAAUAGAAGCUGAGGCCUUGUUUGGUAGCUUGGCUGCGGCUUUUUCAGAAAACUUAAGCUGA